GACUGCGCACUUGGUGUUAUUGUGACUGUCGGACCGUGUGGCCCCGGAUGUUGUGGCUGCUUUGGGGAGAUGGCAGAGGCUGAGGCCGUGGCCGCCGCCCCAGGUCCACUUUCGGGGCCGACUUUCAGGGGCCGUCGUACUAUGUCAGACUCCUGGGAGCGGGACCAGCAGGUUGAAGCAGCGCAGCGGACGCUGGUGGAGGUAUUGGGGCCUUACGAGCCUCUGCUGAGCCGGGUACAGGCAGCCCUGGUGUGGGAGCGACCAGCCCGGAGUGCCCUGUGGUGCCUGGGGCUGAACGCGGCUUUCUGGUUCUUUGCCCUGACAUCCCUUCGUCUUGUAUUUUUACUUGCAUUCAGCUUGAUGAUCAUUGUGUGUGUAGAUCAGUGGAAGAACAAAAUCUGGCCUGAAAUAAAAGUGCCAAGACCUGAUGCGUUAGACAAUGAGAGCUGGGGCUUUGUGCACCCUCAGUUGCUCAGCGUGCCCGAGCUCUGCCACCAUGUAGCUGAAGUCUGGGUUAGUGGGACCAUUUUCAUAAGGAAUCUUUUGCUUUUCAAAAAGCAAAACCCAGGCAAGUUCUGCUUGCUGAGCUGUGGGAUACUGACCUUUUUGGCCGUGUUGGGCCGCUACAUCCCUGGGCUCCUGCUGUCCUACUUAAUGCUUAUCACUGUCAUGAUGUGGCCCCUUGCCAUAUACCACCGACUGUGGGAUCAAGCAUAUGUGUGGCUGAAGCCAGCUCUGCAGCGACUAGACUUCAGUGUUCGUGGCUACAUGAUGUCCAAGCAGAGACAGAGACAAUUGCGCCGCCGAGCUCUACACCCUGAACGGGCCAUGGAUAACCACAGUGACAGCGAAGAGGAGCUUGCUGCCUUCUGUCCUCAGCUGGAUGAUUCUACUGUUGCCAGGGAAUUGGCCAUCACAGACUCUGAGCACUCGGAUGCUGAGGUCUCCUGUACAGACAAUGGCACAUUCAAUCUUUCAAGGGGACAAACACCUCUAACGGAAGGCUCUGAAGACCUAGAUGGUCACAGUGAUCCAGAGGAAUCCUUUGCCAGAGAUCUUCCAGACUUCCCCUCUAUUAACGUGGAUCCUGCUGGCCUGGAUGAUGAGGAUGACACCAGCAUCGGAAUGCCCAGCUUGAUGUAUCGUUCCCCAGCAGGGGCUGAGGAGCCCCAGGGCCCCCCUGCUAGCCGAGAGGAGGCCACACUGCCGGAGCUCCUGCUUGGUGCCUUGCCUGCAGGAUCCAACCUCACCAGCAACCUUGCCAGCCUGGUCUCCCAGGGCAUGAUCCAGCUGGCCCUGUCAGGGGCCUCCCAGCCAGGCCCUUCUGGUCCCCCUUCCCGGAGAGCAACAAGAGGCUUCCUCCGGGCCCCAAGUUCAGACCUGGACACUGAUGCUGAGGGGGAUGACUUUGAACUUCUGGACCAGUCGGAGCUGAAUCAGUUGGACCCUGCCAGUUCCAGGAGCCACUGAGGCAGAGAGUUCUGUUGAGGGACAUUGUGAUAUAGGUUUUGUUUCUCCCUAUUCCACUUCAGGUGAAGGGAAAAGGGGAGAACCCAUGUCUCAUCCCUUGAAUUAUAUUUGUAAACUUG